GGAGGCGGGGCCGCCGGGCUGGGGAGGUUUCGGUGGGUAGGUGGGUUCAGAUCCAGGGGGACUACGGGUCGGCGUUGGGCUCAGCUGGCUCGGAACAAAGGACUCUGCGGCCGGGACUCGGCGCCGCGCGGUCUGUCGACUCGCUGAGCGGUGGGCUGGGGCUCCUCGGCCGGCGGGUUCCCCAGAGCUCGCGGCUUCGGGCGGCUUCUCCGCGCUUCCCCCGCAGCCGGCGGCGCGGCGGCACCUGCUGCUCGGGGACUCGGCCGCCCGCCCAGGGGCUCAUGAUGGGGCUGAUCUUCGCGAAACUGUGGAGCCUCUUCUGUAACCAAGGUGAGGAGACAAGACACUCUACUCAGCUCUGGCAUUUGGUGGUCCAGCGAUUGAACCUGCAGCCUCUGGGCCCUCUGGCAUAAAGUAACACAAAGUAAUUAUAGUGGGACUGGAUAAUGCAGGAAAAACCACCAUUCUUUAUCAAUUUUUAAUGAAUGAAGUGGUCCACACAUCUCCAACCAUAGGAAGCAAUGUUGAGGAAAUCGUUGUGAAGAACACUCAUUUUCUCAUGUGGGAUAUUGGUGGUCAAGAGUCACUGCGGUCAUCUUGGAAUACAUAUUAUUCAAACACAGAGUUCAUCAUUCUUGUUGUUGAUAGCAUUGACAGGGAACGACUAGCUAUCACAAAAGAAGAAUUAUACAGAAUGUUGGCUCAUGAGGAUCUACGGAAGGCUGCAGUACUUAUCUUUGCAAAUAAACAGGACAUGAAAGGGUGUAUGACAGCGGCUGAAAUUUCUAAAUACCUCACCCUUAGUUCAAUUAAGGAUCAUCCAUGGCACAUUCAGUCCUGCUGUGCUUUAACAGGAGAAGGGUUAUGCCAAGGUCUGGAGUGGAUGACCUCCCGGAUUGGUGUGAGAUAACUUUUUUGCCCAAAAGGGACUGCUCUAUUUAUUCUGUGACAUGAACAUUUUUUCCUAGUAACUUUGGCUGCUAAGGCAGCAGCAUGCUUAAUUUAUAACAACACAAACCUCUAUGAGCAACACUUGAAUCAAGUGCAGCUGGACUGGAACAUGAAAGAUUUUUUUCUUAAAUUUUUUUUUAAUGCACUAAUCUUCAGUUGAAUGAACAUAAUGUAUAACUGGUUUUUGGCAACAGAAUUCUUCUGACUGCUUAUUCUGAUUAUUCAAUGACUGCCUUGUAAGAAUGUUUGUCAGAUGUUUAAUGUUUUCUGAAGUAUUAUAAUAACUAUAAUGAUCAAUUUUAUUAAUUUCUUGACCACCCCCUCCCCAACUAUAUAGUUACUGGUUUGACAGGGUGGCAGUGAAAAUCACUGGCUAUUGUUUGCAGACUUGUUCAGCACUAAACAUUGGCUCCCUUUGUAAUACAUUUGUCUUCUGGAUAGAACUUGUUACAGAGAAAGAAAUCCACAUAGAUACAUAAGCAUGAGAACUGCCUAUCCACACUUACUCGAAGUCACGGAGUAAUUUUAAAUUGCUAAGAACAUAGAAAAUUAAGUUGGCUAUUUAUUUCAAAGAAUUUUCACUUUUCUGCCUAAGGUUAGUUUUGGUUUAAGACUAUUCAAGGUAAAUAUUUAUUUGAAAAUCCAACUUUGAUGGUAAAAAACUUUGUAUAAAUCUGGCAUUUCAAGAAUGUCUCAUUCAGUUCAGAUAGAAGUGUCAAGAAUUAUUAGAGUAUACUAGCACUAAAAUUAAAACCAUACAUUAAGAAUAUAUUUUACUAUCAGCUACAAACAACUUUACUAUCAAUAAAAAGUCCAGAUAUUCCAUUUGCAGGGGACAUCACAUCUUGCAUCAGUGCAUUUUAUUUUUUAAAUUUGAUGUGUAUGGUAGCAUCUCUACCACCAGCAGUAUGUUACUUUAAACCUAUAUGUAUGGCUUUUUGAGUUUUUGACUGUAAUGGGCUUGAAACAAUUGCCAUCUUUAUAUUCAUGCCUCAUAUUCUUAAAUCUCUUGCUGGAUUCUAGUAACUGCAUAAUUUAGUACUGUUAAGCUGUUACAGUGAGAUUCAAGCUAAUAUACAAACAACUUAUAAAUUAAAAAUGGCUUAGAAGGAAAGUCAUAAUUUCUCAAAAUAUAUGUAUUGGGUAAUCUUCAUUUACUGUAUAACAUUUAAGGCAGUUGAGAACAUAAUCUGAGUGCUGCAUACCCUAAGAUGGAGGGCAGGUAUUGUGAUUUUGACCCUCCUUAUUUCAAAUGUGUGGUUUUCCUAUAAUGAAAGGAAUAUUAUACAUAUUUAAAGAAUAAUAACUCAUUUUUGCAGUAUUUUUUUCAUUUGAGUCAUAAACGGGAUUCAGUGUUUAUAAGAAUAUCAAAAUACCUGUUAAAUUUGUUUUAAUUUUAACAUUUUUUUGGUAAGCUCAUUUAAUUUUUGCUUUGUUUUCAAGUAUGCUUGAUUAUAUUAUAUAUAGUCUAAUUGAUUUAGUUGAGUGAGGUGGCAUUUUUCUGAUUGAUACUUAAUGGUGGUAUAUCCUAGAACUCAAAAAUAGAGAAAAGCUUUCUGUACUUUGAGGACUAAUUAUUAUUAACUUAGUUUUUGGAACCUUUUUCUUAGUGACUCUAUGCCAGGUAGAGGGGUAAACUUAUGUCUAAUAUAACACAUAAUCAUGAAAGAAAGCAAAUAUAAAUAAAAUGAAUGCUUUGUGGUGUAUAUGUGGUGGUAGCAGGGACAGGAGGAAUUAAGAAAAUACCAUUUACCUUAAAUCACACUUUGCCAGAUACUUAACCUUGGUUAUAUUGUUUAGUCAUAAAUACUGGCUAUGAUUCUCUUGACUCUGUGCUGAGUAAAAGCAUGUUUAUUACUUCUCUAUUCACUCUUCCUACAAAAUGUGUCUUAUUGUAUCUGAUGAUUGGCUGGCUCAGUUUUCUCCUAUCAAAUUAUAUAGUUAUUUUUUAUAUUACCACAUCAGCAUUAUAUUGAAAGUGUUUUAAAUAGUUGAUUGUAUUUUGUCAAACAUCUGCUAGUAUAGACUCAAGUUUGCUAUUUAAUUUUUUAAAUACAGUUUAUUUUGUAAAUCCAUUUUUAAAAAUGAUUUUGUUAAUCUUGAAUGAGAAAUUCUGUAAGCUGUAUGUUAAAGAUGAAACCAACAUCUAACUAGAUUUUGUGCCAACGAUUUGGAAAAAGUUCAAUUAGGAAAUUCUUGACAGACUUUUAAAAACUAUGUUAUUAGUUCUCACUAAUACUCCCUUCUAUGGUAAUUAGAAAACUGAUUAUCCUUUACUCCAAGAGAAUAUUUUGACCCAAGCAAGUAUUUUGACCCAAGCAAGUACCUAAUACUUAUCAAGUACCUAAUAAAAGCAGUGAUUUUGACAUCCAUUGUAAAUCAAUCAUUAGGUAUCAUCUGGUGAAAAUUUAUGAUGGGUGCCUUUAUUCAUAUUUUAAGAUUUGUUCUUAAUCCUGUACUGUCUAUUCAUUAGAAGUCAGAUUAGUAGGCAGUUAGUUUCAUAAUAAAAUAAUUUGAGAUCUACCUUCCCCUCAGCCCUUUGAUCACCUAUCAAAUUUUCUAGCAUGUAGUAAAAAAGCAGUGGACCCAUUCAUUUUACUUUAAGUUAUUCUACAUUUUGCUUUUAAUAUUUUGUAUUGUUAGUGUGGUUUAAUUCCUUAAAACAUGUGUGUAUUAAAGUCUAGGAAAGCAGCUGAUCAGAUACUUAAAUUUUGCUCUUAAUUUCUAUGUUGGUAUAGUAAAAAACAUAACUUUAUUUUCUAUGAAUUAGAGGGAAAAUUAAAUUAUAAAUUCAGGUUUCAUUAUUAAAAACAAUUAUGGAAGAGUCAUAACCUCAUUAGCCGCAGUCAUUUAAGUAUAAAUUAAAUUUUAUUAUGCUGUACAGCAUAAAAAGAAAAAUCAUUUUCCUAUGGAAACAGUGAGUGAGUAGGCAGUGUUGUAAACAGUGUUCUCUUAAGAACUAUGGGAAGUCACAAAACAGUGACUUUCUAGUAUAAUAUCUUAGGGCAAAUUAUAGAAUUGUUUCUGACUAGCACUCUCACUUAAUCCGUAACCCUGUAAAACCAUUUCAGUAGAUAGUUAUACUGGUAUUAUACAUACCUAUAGAAACAGGUAGAAAUUUCCAUUGAGUUUUAAUGUUGAAGACCAUCAUGUUUAGUUUUUCAUUUUAACUUUUUAUAUGUGAUGUUAGGCUCAAAACAUUUCACCUCCAUUUUAAUCCUUGGGGAUAGUUUCUAUUUUGUUGGCAUAAAGUCACUGCCAAGUUAUAACAUACUAACUUAGACCUAACAGUAUAUUGUGUGGGCUAGCUACAGUAGAUUAGAUUGACCUUAGAUAAUUAUUGUCCGUGGCCUUUCUUUGUUUUUGAUACUAUGGAACUUAAACGUUCUGGAGUUCCAACAUAUCUAAAAACUUGAAUCAUACACAGAUUUAUUGAAAUAACCCCCUCACCCUCCCAUUGUAAGAUAAAAUUAAAUUCAUUUAAUCUAUUCUUUGAUUUACCACCUCCAAUAUAAUUUAAUUUAGCAUAUGUAUACAAUCUUGAAAAUUAAAUAUCAACUAGUUAUUGAGCUAAUAGCUAAUAAUAGUACAAGAGAGAAAAUAAGCCAUAUUGCUAGGGAAAUAUUAUGCUGCUUAGGAGACAUGAGUGUGUGUUGGAAAUGUUCUCUCCCAGACAAUAUCUUACUGUUUUCCUGACUUUUGUUAGAUGGAAGUUGGUGGUUUGUUCAGAGUUUAUUGGCUUUAAAUGCCACUCUAACUCCAGUUGUUUGCUGCCUUAGUGUUGGGAGGAUAGUUCAGCCAGCAUAUUAAUGCUUGACAAAUAAUUCUAGGUGACCAAAAACUAAGUAGAGAAGAACAGUUUAAAAAUAUUUUUCAGGGCCAGGUGGUAGCACACCUAUUACAAUGUGCAAGGACCCAGGUUUGAGCCCCCAGUCCCCACCUGCAGGGGAAAACUUUGCAAGUGGUGAAGCAGGGCUGCAGGUGUCUCUCUGUUUCUCUCCCUCUCUGUCACUCCCUCCCCUCUUGGUUUCUGGCUGUCUCUAUCCAAUAAAUAAAGAAAAAGAUAAAUGAAUAAAAUUUAAAAAAAUGUUUUUUUGGCUGGAGAGAUAGCACAAUGGUUAUGCAAAAAGACUCUCAUGUCUGAGGCACCAAAGGUCCGAGGUUCAAUCCCCAGCACCACCAUAAACCAGAGCUGAGCAGUGCUCUGGUGUAAAAAAAAAUAAUAAAACUACUUUUUUAAAGUAGAAAGUUGUGUUCAACAGAUCUCAAAUCAGUUUUCAAUGUCUAUGGUUUGAGGAAAUGUUAAUUUGGAGGAUUUGUGACACCUAGACACAAUAGCCAAAACACUUUUGAAAGAAUCUUAAUAGAAAGUCUGAAAAUCAUGAAGUAUCCUCAUGGUUCAGUCUUUCUUACAGUUAGAACUGGAUGGUCUACUUGUUUUCAGUGUGGCCAAAGAAAUGAACACUGAACAGGUUUUUAGAAUUUGCAAGUAUAGCUUCAGAGGCAUCUUUUUAAAGUAAUAUAAAUUUUCUCCUAGAAAUGGAGAAAUAAAAUAUGUUAUGCAUGUCUUUGGGACUAGUAAACAAAGUUCUGAAAGAAUGGAAAUGUUCUCUUGCACAAAAUUGUAGCUUUUUAAUUAAAAACUUACCUCAUUUUUCAAUCCAUAAGGUGCUUUGCUUAAGUUUGAGGAUGUUACAGCAUCGCAUAAAUACCCCCACCACCCAAAUUGUAUUUGAAAUAUGCAAAACUGACAAUUAAGGUGGUAGCAUUCCUUGGAAAUUUUUCAUUUUUAUUUAUUUUUGUUCUUUCCAGCCAGCAGGGCUAGCAUGGUGUAGCAGAUCUGAAUUGUGUCUUUAUUAAAAUACAUGUGUACGGCCUGGGAGGUGGUAUAGUGGAUAAAGCAUUGGACUCUCAAACAUGAGCUCCCCAGUUUGGUUCCUGGCAAUGCAUGUGCCAGAGUGAUGCUCUGGUUCUAUCCUCUUCUCAGACAUAAAUAAGUAAAAAUAAGUAAAAGUAAAGCAAAGUGCCCAGUCAGCAUUAAAUUAAAAGUCAAAUAAGAAAAAACUCCAACAUUUGAGUGAUUGGAUUAUACUGUGACUAUUUUUAGCCAUUGAUAAGCCAUCAAAUGAUUACCAGCUGAUCGUAGCUUUAUUUGCGUAUUUGACACUAUUUAUAAAAGGCUAUUACCAUUUUCAUCUCACAUUUUCCUCCGGGAAAUUCAAGGACCUUAGAGCACCUAUUUUGUUCUCUUGGAGUAAACUGUUCGGUGUAGAUGUGAAAACUUCAUUUUGGCUUAAAGGGGUGUAGCUGAUGUGUCAAACGUACAAUAAAUUGGUGGUUAUGAUUUUUUUCAACUAGGUAAUAAUACAUUUUACACUAUUCAUCUACUGCACAGAGCGUGUAGUAGAAGAAGAAAUGCACAAAAACUAAAAGCAGUUACAAUUUUGCUCUUUCAUUUAUUUUAAUCAGAAUAUAUUGGGUGUAGUUCCAUGUUGCUAUCUUAACAUAAACUGGUGCUUUAGAGCAUUAAAGAGGAAACAGCAGGCCCUGUAUAAUACACAUCUUGUCUCAGAAUGUAAAACUACUUUAAAGUGUGUAUAUUAAUUAUGUUUAUUUCUUAAGGCUUAAAUGUAAGUCAUUGUUACCCUUAAAACUUUCGGCUUCCUACAAAGGAGUAUUUUCAUCAGCUUGGUCAAAAAGAUGUGUCGAUAAUGCCGAAAUUAUGAAUUGAACCUUUCAGUGGAUCCUUAGUGUUGUACAGAGAGGAAAAAGAAAAAACAAAAACCUGUCAGUGACACCACAAAAUGCUUCUUAAUCACAGUCAAGCAGUUGAAAUAUAUGCUAUUGAUCCAGUCUGUAAGCAUUAGAAAAGAAAAUGAAAAGGGCAAACAAAUUACUUAACAUAAUCACAUCACUUAAAAACGGUUCAAAGCAUGUUGUGAUGGUGGAAUUGUUUAAUCUCGAUUUUGCAGUAGUUUUCAUUACUGUCAUAAAAUGCUCUUACAUGUUAAGUUUAGGUUGCUGGUACUCAUGUUUGUUUGUAUUUACUUCUGCAGUUAUGUUAUAAUGAGUUGCUUGCAUGACUUACCUAAGUAAAAAGGAUGCUGUUUGCUCUGAGAUGUUCAUCUUUUAGACAGGUUUUGGCUCGUUUGCAGUCAUGGUGCAAUACAGUGUAACAUUCAUUUGUUUUCAGUCAACAGUUUUAUUUUUGUCAUAAUAAAUAAUUACUUUUCCAACA